AUGGUGAAAAUCAGUUCAUCUCUUGGGAAACUUCUGCUGGUCAAGGUGGAGAAGGAUCCCUUUCUCAAUUUCCAGGAAGACGAGUGGUACUGCUCCACCAUAGAAGUAACGACUCCAGAGGGAGACGCCAUUCUCUUCCCCUGUCACAGAUGGAUUUCCAGGGGAGAGUAUGUGGAACUUAGAGGAGGGAGAGAGUACGUUGCAGAGCAGGGGAAGGAGGAUGACUUUUACGGAUACCAGUUUCUGAACGGAAUCAACCCCACUUUGAACAAGCGCUGUUCAGAGCUUCCCCGAAACUUCCCUGUCACAGAGGAGAUGGUGAAGCCGUUCCUGGCUGAGGACAGCAGUCUGAUGAGGGAAAUUGGGAAAGGCCAUAUAUUCCUCUAUGACCAAAAGAAGCUGGAUGGAAUCCCCACUUAUGUCUACAAUGGAGAUCUGACUGUGACUUCUGGUCUCUGUUUGUUCUACUUGAACCCACAAAACAAACUGAAGCCAAUUGCAAUACAGCUGCAUCAACAGCCCUCAGAGAAGAAUCCCAUCUUUCUUCCCAGCGACCUGGAGACCGACUGGCUGCUGGCCAAGAUGUUUAUCAAAAACGCAGAUGCAAUGGAUCAUGAAGCCGUCCAUCACCUCAUGAACACUCAAUUUAGUACAAUUUACUAUUAGAGUACAGCUGGAAUUGAGGGGAUGCUAGAGAUCAUGAGGAGGUCCCUCCGUGAAAUGACCUACAGCUCCCUCUGUCUGCCAGAGAACAUCGCUGAACGAGGACUGGAGUCAAUCCCCAACUACUACUACAGACAUGAUGGAUUGAAGCUGUGGUCCAUCAUCAACAGCUUUGUGAGGGCAGCAGUGGAGUACUACUAUCUCUCAGACGCUGACGUCUCUAAAGACACAGAGCUGCAGGAUUGGAUCUGUGAGAUAUUCACCUACGGCCUCUUGAGCAACAAAGCCUCAGGAUUCCCGGACUGCUUUCAUUCCAUUGAGGAAUUGAUAAAAUUCAUCACUGUGAUCAUCUUCACAGUGUCGGUUCAACACGCAGCAGUCAAUAAUGGACAGUUUGACUUCUACUACUGGAUUCUGAAUGGCACAUUGCUAUUGCACAAACCUCCUCCAACCACCAAGGGGCAGUCAAGCAUGGAGACAAUUAUGGAGACCCUCCCGAAUGUUGGAGAGACUGUUGCCACAUCAGUGUUGAUAAAUCAACUUUCAGGAAAAUACAGUGGUCUUGUUCCUUUGGGUCAAUAUCCUGAGAAAAGAUUUGACGAGCCUGAGCUUACACAGGUGAUUCUGGAGUUUCAAGUGGAGUUGUCAAAACUCCGUGAAGAAAUCAUGAAGAGAAACUUGCAGCUUGAACUGCCCAAUGACUACCUGCUCCCUUCUCGCAUUGAGAACAGCGUGUCUAUUUGAGAAAGUCAGAGAGAUCAAUUCUGUAUCAUUAACCAACUAUAUUUCAUCCUGGGAGGUGUUAUUGUUGUGGGUAGGUGUUGCAUGAUUUAAUCAAAUAUUUUAGUUGAUAUGUGGGUCUGUGGUGUGGUUGUUCAGUAAUAACUUAAUUGAUAGACAAACGAAAUAAUAGCUUAAACAUUACUCCAUCCUUAUUGAACAAAAAGGCGAAAGAUGUAUAAUGAUACUUUUUACACUUUUCUAACAUUGAUUUUUUGCUUUUUCCAUUCCUAUAAUGGACAUGAUGGCAGAGAUGAAUUAGCUGUAAGAAAACAUACUGAUGUUGUGUUUUGGGGAACUACAUGAAUUAUUUGCUUAAACAAUAAAGAUAAAGAUGUACUGUGUAUAAUUACUUCCUGUCACCUGUGUUCAACUUCGAAUCCAUUAAACUUAUAGUCGCUCA